GAACUCAAUCUGUAUAUGUUGCUAGCAUGGGUAAAAUGGAAUCUGUGCACUGAGCCUCCUCUGGUGAUUGAAAUAAAUCGUCCAGCCCAUUCUUGGCCAUCUCAUGGAGAAAUUAAAUGGACUAGAUUUUACAUGUUUGAUUCUUUUUCUCCCCACGGACCCCUCCCCCAUUGUAAUGCACUAGUUUGAUCUCAAAUCCAGUGUUUAAAAUGGAUUCCCUGUCUUAUAUUCUAGUGCUUCAGUUAAUGAGAAGGGAGAAAAUUGGAGCAUAAGACAGAGACAGCUGGUUUGUCUUGGCUGCGUGUUACUGAAGAAAAGUAAGGUCUAAGUGCUUGGUGAAGCUACAACAUCUGUGGACACAGCUACUGAUAAUUUGAUUCAGCAAACCCUAAGGGAACACUUUUCAGACUCUGCAGUCUUAACCAUUGCACACCAGAUAACUUCUGUUCUAGACAGUGACAUGGUUCUGCUUCUAAAUAAUGGACUCAUUGAAGGGUAUGAUUCUCCUGCAAGAUUGCUGGAAAACAAGUCUUCAUCUUUUGCUCAGCUUGUGGCAGAGUACACUACAAGGUCAAAUUCUAGUUUUGACCAUUGAACAUCAAACCUUAAUCACUGCAGCUGAGACAAGUUUUGUCACGACAAUGAUGAAGAUUUGCUCAGAUGACUUAAUAUUUUCGCACUUGGUAUUGAUGAUAAUGGCAUCAAGAUGACUCAUUGUGUACUUCAUAUAAAUCUUUGUUUGAAAUAAUAUCUAUCUUGUGUCGUUGUGAUAUCUGUUGUUUUUUUUAUAAUGUUUCUGUUUACUUGCUCUAGUUUGCAGACUUUAUAAGGGUUUCAAAGUAGGAAAGUAGCUAGAAAGAUGAACAUAGUGGUCGGACCCUUUUCAAUGUUCAUCCGACCAAGUCUUGUACGGUCAUAUAUUGGCUUAAGUUAAGACAUGUAUCCUUUUGGUGUAUUGUAACUGUAGAUUCAUAGUUGAAACA